GGAGCUGCCGACACCAUUUGCCCGUUUUGUUUGAAUCCAGAAGCGGUCCGGAGCCAUGGCCUUACUCAGAGUGUCCUCCUACCGCAAGCUGUUCCAGGACAACAGGUGGAGUCCAAACGGAGAGCUGAGGUCGCAGCGUCCAGGACAGUAUCGGGUCUCCGCCAGGUCAGGGCGAGCAGCUGUUGACACGUGUGGCUGCGAUGGAUUAGACUUCGUUGCAGCAAAAGCUGUGAACAAAGAGGGCCUGGACCGGUUUCUCCAGGAGCGAGCCGCCAUCGCCGCCCUUAAUGACCGCCUGGUCACACUUAUAGAGCUGGCCCAUUGUUUGGAGGAAGAGAACGACUCUCUUGAUUGCCAGAUCACUGAACUGGAGCAAAAUCUGAACGGUCAACAUGCCCCCCCUGGCAUCACCUCCACUUUGGCGAAGCCUGACUACAGCCUGGAAGCAGCGGUGGAAAGACUGCGCAGGCAGAGGGAUGAGAUCAUCUGCGACACAGAGGAACUGACGGAAGAGCUUGAAUUCCUACAGAGAGAGUAUGAGAAGGCUGCACAUCACAGGGCCCUCGUCCAGCAGGGACAACAAGAUGUUGCAGAGGCGGUGGAUGCUGUGACAGCAGAGUGUCUGGCGCUGAGGGAGCAAAGGGCUGUCUAUGAGGAACAGCUGGCCAACAUGGAGGCCCAGCACAAGACGGAAGUGGAGAGCCUGCUGCAGCCAGAUGAAAGGGCUCUGACUGCAGCCGCGAUUAGGUUUGGCAGCCCUGACAUCACCCCAGCCUUGGAUGUAAAGGAGUACCACUGCCAGCUGGCCAAGAGCCUCCAGCUGGAGUUUGGGGCAUCCUCCACUGGCAAAGGUGAUGGAGAGGGACUGGAAGUGGGAGGAGCCGAUGGGUCAACGGUCAAAGACCCAACAGAGAUAAUUAAUGUGGACGAGAUGAAGACUCUGAUUUUAGACCUGCAGAAGGAGCUUGAUGAGCUUGAGAAGAGCAACGAGGAGCUGUUGGAUGAAGCUGAGGUGAAAAAGGUUGCUUACAUGGACGAGGUUGCAGAGUUAAAGUUUACUAUAACGGAAAUGAAGCAGCAGGAGGAAGACCUCAAAUCCCAGAUGAGAGAGCAGUGUGAGGAGUACAAGGAGCUGCUCGCUGAGAAGAUGGCAAGAGACAUGGAGAUAGCCGCCUAUCGGAGUCUGGUGGAAGAAGAGGAGGCGAGACUUUGCAGCCUGUGACUUGGACUGAUCCGAUGGAUUUCUGCUGGAUUCUUCCCUGACACGUGGAUUAGAAAAACAGACCAAAAAAAA